CCCUCGAGCUGUGAAAGUUUUGGGCCUUCUUAUCUUUGUUCCCAAAUGGACCUCCUCGGAGCGCCGCUGGAGGCCCUGGCGUUCCGCUACCCCGCCGACGUCGCCGUCUGGCUCUGGGCGUGGUUCGCCGUCCUCGCCGCCGCACUCGGCCUCUGGCGCAUCCGCGCCGCCCAUCCUCCUGCUCCCAAGCCCCCCCGUCCCUUGGACCCCAUCGGAGCUGAAGCCGUCUCGGCGCCGGCUCUGAUGGAGCAGUCACCGAGCUGCAACGCUGACGGGAUUGCCACGCCCAAAGCGCGCUUCAUGGCGUACUUCCACGCCGACGACGACAGCGACGAGAAGGAGCGGGGUGGCGGCGUCAGUGACGGUGACGGAGAGGAGACAGAGGAGGAGGAGGAGGAGGAGACGCCAUGGGGAUGGGAGCGGAGGAUGGUGAGGAACGGUGGGAACCUGGGGUGGUACCGUUACCAGGAUGAUACAGCGUUUAACGGUGGCGUCGUGAGGCUGUGGGAUGGCAACGUACGGCUGACGGUGACGGCGGGGAAGGUGCGACGGCGGACGUAGGGGCAGAACGGGAAUAAGUGGAGAGAUGGAAUACUUAUGCGGUGUAUACAGCCGGGAACGACGCGCCCGGAAUUUGCUACUUUAAAGUUUUCUUCGAAAUGACAAUUUUGCCCUUUCAUUUCUGGGAACCGUGAUUAUUAUGUGGUGGUGCAAGGCAAUGACCAAGAGGAGGGUAGUUUCAAGAACUUCUCUUUUGUUUUAUGAAAAUAAUGUAAGAAAUUUGUGAAA